UAGUUUUUUUUUUAACGCUGAUUUAUUACGAUCUUACAAUUACGAUCAUAUAUUUAGUAUAGGUAAUUUAGGUAUGGAUGUAAUUCACAAAUAUAAAUUAUUUCCUUUUCCCCAAAAAGGAAAAAUAGAAAUUCGAAAUUGGUGGCUCGAGUCAUCCGGAUUCUAUAUAAACAGGUUUCCCUCGUGAGAUAAUUUUUACAUUCUAAUCAAAAAUAGCUAAAGCGAUAUGGCCACAGCUGUUGUUCUCUCCCCUGGAAGCUCUUUAAAGCAUAGAUCCGAUCACGAAACCCUAAUCCAUUGUAAUCAUUCUCGCCUUCGCCGUCACCCACACGCUUCUACGACGGCUCCUCGCCGACUCAAGCGAAGCCCCACGACGACGUCGUAUCAGUCUAGGAAGAUGGUUGUAUCCCCGGCCGUGAAAACCAAUCUUGUUAUGGGACAAGUCAAGAUCCUCAAACGCGGCGAGACACUGAGCGCGUUUCGUAACAGUGUUGUAACUUCGACUAAUAAGAUUGGACCUGAACCAGAGACUUCGCAGAAGAAGAUCGUCUCCAGACGUUACGCCGGUGCUUGUAGCUCAGCUUCUCCUCCUCCAAGCUCUCUUCCUAUUCCAUGUUUCUUGGAGAACAAGUUACUUGCUUAGCAAGAUUCAGGAAACCCUUAAAAAAGUUGCUUGCAGCAGUCUGUUUAUAA